AUGCAACCCCUGGUCGCGGACAGCUUCGAAGCCUGCCUGCUGGAUAAGGUGGACUGUAGGCGCCAGCGGGUCUCCCAGAUAGUGGAGGAGGUGCAGAAGGUCAUCUACCACCUGACCACAGAAAUCAGCAACCAGGACAUCCGCUUCCAGGCCAUCCCGUACUCCCCGAUGUACAACGGGAACAUCACGGUGUUGGGCCCCAGUCAGUUCCUCAUCACAGUCCCAGUGAGAGGCCUGGCCGGGUACCGGGAGGCCAGGGAGCAGCGCUGGCGGUACUACACGCUGCAGGGCGCCCGGCUCCACUGCCCGCUGCGGAGCCCCGAGGGCCUGCUGCAGUGGCUGGAGGUGCGGCAGUUCGUGAAGAACCUGUGGCAGUGGCACGAGACGGAUGUGAGCAUCGAGGGGGACAUCGUGCCCGCCAAGGUGCUCCAGGUCUUCCGGAAACUGGUGGAAAACGCCAUCGAAACCUGUCACCUGUCAGGAAAGGUCAGCAUGCUAACCCCCGGCAUUGCAGUCCACGUUGCCAUGGAAACCUCCGCAGGGCAGGUGGAGAUAGAGCUGGCCCCCGAAGUGGAGAUCCCCACCGCCUGGUCCAAGAGAGCCCCGUGGCCUCGGUGUCUGUCUCGCUGGCCCUCCUCGGAGCGGGCGAAGUGCAUCAAGUCGUUUGGAUUCUCCUUGUUGGCCCGUUGGCGUUGGCAUUAUCACUGGCAGCUGAGCUUCCUGCAGGCCGAGCGGGUGCUGCUGGAGCAGCUGGACGAGGACGGGGGCUGCCGCCGGCGGUGCCUCCAGGCCCUGCGGCAGCUGAAGGAGGACGUGUGGUGUCCGGGCCGGAGGCCUGUCAUCACGUCCCACCACCUGCAGACCGUGCUCUUCUGGACGUGCGAGAAGUACCCCUACGCCAAGGACUGGCGGGUCUUCAGCAAAGGGCUCCUGCGCCUGGCCAGGAAGCUGCACAAGUGCGUGCGCCAGCGCUUCCUGAAGCACUUCUUCGUGCGCAGCGGCAACCUCCUGGAGCACGCCACCGCCGCCGAGCUGGACGCCGUGGCCCAGAGGCUGGGCCUCUUCCUGAAGGACCCCGGCGGGCUCCUGGCCUUCCACUCCGGCCUGGUCUCUGUGGAUGGGUCCAGUCAGGUGCCGGAUUCCUGCCCAGGAGAAAGGCACCAGGCGGCCAUGGAAAUCACAUUGACCACUAGCACAUCAGAGGCCUGA